AACAAAUUCAGACCGAUUGAUGGUUAGUUCAGUGAACAAACUAUGAUGUGGGUCUUUAAAAUUUUAUUUGUUAGUACAUUGUGUGUGUAUGCAAGAGCCGGUAACGAAAACGACGAUCCUGUGUUAUAUUACUACGCCUUAGAGGAGAGCGAGCGAAGCUUGCCGCUGUGUUCGGCUCUGCAGGCGUGCUCGGCGCUGCUGCUGCGCUACUGGCGCGCGCCGGCGCUCGUGCGCCUGUGUGGCUGCCGGCGCCGCGAGCGCUGCGACGCGCGCGCCGAGCCCGACCGGCUCAUAGAGAUCAACAACCGCGCUUAUUUUCAAUUCUGCAAACCUGUAACCGAUUGGCCUGAAUGUUCGCUCAACGACACACCACUAACAGUCGAAUCACUAUAUGACCGAAUGGAUCCUGACGAAAUCGAGGAGUCGCACCACAAGAACAUACAACUAGCGCCGCCCAAAAUCAUCUUCAAAUGCCGAUGUCCAAACUCCAAUUACUGGGGAUUAAAGCUAAGCGCAGACGACAACGAAAUCACUGAACAAUAUCAGUGUACGUCUCUACCGCUGUGUAAGACGGAUGAGUUUUGUGGAAACGUCAAUUUAAACCUUAAUUCGCUGUAUCAGUCCUGUUUAUGUCCCAAACAUCACAUAUGUGUUCACGAUGGCGGAGUCACACACAAUAUUAUUACGGAGCUGUUGUAUCGUGGUAAAGGCUGGCGAGCUUAUUGUAGGCGAGUUGACGAUUAUUAUAGUUACGAAGAAUAUUAAUAAAACACUAAUAAAAUAAUGGAUUGCAAAUUAUA